AUAAGACUCUUCACUCCCGCUGCAGCGCAGUCCUCACAGAGCAACAGACCAUCUCAGCUUUGCUUCUCAGCUAGCUAGCUUAGGCUCCGGUUGCUGCGAGAAGCAGGCGGUCAUGGAGGGGAAGGAGGAGGACGUCCGCCUGGGCGCCAACAAGUUCUCCGAGCGCCAGCCCAUCGGCACGGCGGCGCAGGGCACCGAUGACAAGGACUACAAGGAGCCCCCGCCGGCGCCGCUCUUCGAGCCCGGGGAGCUCAAGUCCUGGUCCUUCUACCGCGCCGGCAUCGCCGAGUUCGUCGCCACCUUCCUCUUCCUCUACAUCAGCAUCCUCACCGUCAUGGGCGUCAGCAAGUCUCAGUCCAAGUGCGCCACCGUCGGCAUCCAGGGCAUCGCCUGGUCCUUCGGCGGCAUGAUCUUCGCCCUCGUCUACUGCACCGCCGGCAUCUCCGGCGGCCACAUCAACCCGGCGGUGACCUUCGGCCUGUUCCUGGCGAGGAAGCUGUCCCUCACCAGGGCCGUCUUCUACAUAGUCAUGCAGUGCCUGGGCGCCAUCUGCGGCGCCGGCGUCGUCAAGGGCUUCCAGCAGGGGCUGUACAUGGGCAACGGCGGCGGCGCCAACGUCGUCGCGCCCGGCUACACCAAAGGCGACGGCCUCGGCGCUGAGAUCGUCGGCACCUUCGUCCUCGUCUACACCGUCUUCUCCGCCACCGACGCCAAGAGGAACGCCAGGGACUCCCACGUCCCGAUCCUGGCUCCCCUCCCAAUUGGGUUCGCCGUGUUCCUGGUCCAUCUGGCCACCAUCCCCAUCACCGGCACCGGCAUCAACCCGGCAAGGAGCCUUGGCGCUGCCGUCAUCUACAACAGGGACCAUGCCUGGGAUGACCACUGGAUCUUCUGGGUCGGCCCCUUCAUCGGCGCUGCCCUGGCCGCCAUCUACCACCAGGUGAUCAUCAGGGCGAUCCCGUUCAAGAGCAGGUCUUAAGCUGCUGCUGCUGUGAGAUGCCAGUCCAGACAGGCAAAGCUGCUUCGGAUGGGGUGGUCGUCUCCAAUCCCUACCGUGUCGCUGUGGAGUUCCAUUUCUCUUCGAGUUUGAUGUACUGCACUGUGCUUAUCUGAAUCCGGACUUGUAAUUUCAGUACCCAAUUGUGUAAUACGCCGCUAGUGUUAUGUGAAAAUUUAAGUUAUGAGACGGCCAAGAAAGAGUUCCAUGUUCCA